GUUUAUUUACACCACGUGACUUCCCGGAAGUUGUUCACCGGAAGUGAUGCCAACAUGAAAAAAUAUUCAGUUUUGUUGCCGACCUACAAUGAAAGGGAAAAUCUACCCCUUAUAGUGUGGCUACUCGUAAAAUAUUUUGCAGAAAGUAAAAUAGACUAUGAAAUAAUUGUAAUUGAUGAUGGAAGCCCGGAUGGAACCCUGGAUGUUGCUAAGCAACUGCAAAAGAUAUAUGGUGCCGAUAAAAUUGUUUUAAGACCAAGAGAGAAGAAGCUAGGUUUGGGCACAGCCUACAUACAUGGGAUCAAACAUGCCACAGGAGAUUAUAUCUUCAUCAUGGAUGCCGAUCUCUCACAUCAUCCCAAGUUCAUCGCUGAAUUUAUCAAACUUCAACAAGACAAUGACUAUGACGUUGUAUCAGGAACCCGUUAUACUGGCAAUGGAGGUGUCUAUGGAUGGGACCUAAAACGUAAACUUGUCAGUCGAGUUGCAAACUACAUUGCUCAAGUGUUGCUGCGGCCAAAUGCAUCAGAUCUGACUGGGAGCUUUAGGUUAUACAAGAAAGAUGUUCUUGACAAACUUGUUCAUUCCUGUGUGUCGAAGGGGUAUGUGUUCCAAAUGGAAAUGAUCAUUAGGGCAAGGCAGUUCGGAUAUACUGUGGGAGAGGUGCCGAUAUCAUUUGUGGAUCGAGUGUAUGGUGAAUCAAAACUUGGAGGCAAUGAAGUAAUAGGAUAUCUCAAAGGAUUGUUGUACCUGUUCGCAACUACUUGAUACAAUAUUGAAUAUUAUUAGAUCACACCUGCCAGAGAAAUGGCAUGAUGGGCGCGGGCAUGUUUUAAAAAACCAAUGGAAAAAGAGUGGAAUAAGCGAGGAAAAAAAUAAAUAGGUGCAUUGUCAAUAGUCCCAAUUGCCAAUUGUAUAGAAAUGCACAGAGAUUUCUUUCUGAAGAGAAAAGAUGUGACUUAUCACGGAUGUUUUCUUGUGGGAUGUGGCGCA